GAUUUUCGCCUGCUACGUGGCGCCAUUUUUGUCAUUCUCUCUUUCGUGACUGAGUGGGGCCGGUCCAGUUCCUUCGUCGCUCCGUCUUUCCAUUUCUGUGCAUUGCCUCCGUCCUUUCACGUUCAGAGCAAGAAACCCAAAAGAGUUGCAGCAACAAGCCAUCAUUAAUCAUGGAAAUGCAGCAACAAGGCGACAUCCACAACGUUGAACCUUGUGAUGUAUGCGGUGAUGCUGGUUUCCCUGAAGUAAUUGCUACUUGCUCCAAAUGCAAAGUUGCUCGUGCACAUGUUUAUUGUAUGGAAGUUUUUCUCAAAAUAGUUCCUGAUGACUGGAUUUGUGAAACUUGCCAUUCUGGGAAUGAUGCAACAUUGUUAAAAUAUGCUGAAAACAAGAAUUUCUCAAGAGACCCUGCGGUCGAUGCUUCUGACAUAACUGAUAUAACUGAACAUGAGAAUACACAUUCAACGAGUCCAUAUAAAAUGCAUAAUUCUGGAUUGCAAACUUGUUCUAGAAGCCAAAAUGUUGGUGGAACUGGGAAAGUGAAAUUCAUACCUGAGGAAGAAGCCAUUCGACUUUGUGGUGGUAAAGUGUCCUCAAAAGCUUUUCCUGCGAAUUCUUCUAUGCACAAGGUGUAUAGUCCAUCAAAAAAAGUUAAUGCAAAGGUUUCAUUUAUGAAUGUGAAACCUCAUUCUAGCUCAUCACCUGUGGAACAUGGGAAACUACCUAGACACAGUGGAGUUCAAAAGACAACAACUAAUCAACAAACUCCUCAUUCAUUGGCAAAAGGAAUCCUUGUAGACCGUUCAAGGAAAUGUGAUUGGAGAGAGCACUCCUCAAGCUUCAUUAGACCGGUCAACCAAGAGGAAACUUCUAGAGCAAGUGCACGUCAGGGUAAUGAUAAAGCAUCGUAUUCAACACAAGCAAGCUCUCUUCCAAUUAACACCGCAGUUGCAGCUGAAACCCUAGAUCAGCAGUUAGGAAAGCAUUUGAAAAAAGAAACAUGUGCAGCUUCACAAGUGGGAAAAUGUUCACCUGUUGUUCAUCCUGUUCAAGUUGAAAGCUUGGAUCAGCAGGUAGAAACGCCUAACAAAAAGGAACCAAGUGCCACUGUACAAGCUGGACAAUCUUCACCUGUCGUUGAUUCAGGUGUUUUUUGUGCUAACGGUGAACGUAAUAGAUCUAAUGUUGAUGAGAGAGGGCCGUGGAACAUUCAGAUGAAUUUAAAGAUGCAUUGCUGCUGCGUACCUUCUUCACAUGCUACCUGGAAGGGUGGAUUUAAAUUUCAAAGCGCUGCAUUGUGCACACUUUAUGAUGGAUUGGAAGCUCUACCUCCAUGCACUGUUCAUCGUAAAGCAUUCUAUCAUUCAUGCAAAAUGCCCUCAGUUCUUGAGGUGGAACCACUACCUAUAUCCAAUUUCUUGAUAGAUUUGUUCCAAAGUGACUGUCCGGGACUUCAAGACGUGGCAUUGUACUUCUUUCCUUCAGAUAACUGUGAGAGGUCUAGACAGCACUUAAAUUUCAUAUUUGAGUUCUUGGAUGCCAAAAACGCUAUGUUGAGAAGUGUUAUUGAUGGAGUGGAGUUGUUGGUGUUUACUUCGAAACAGCUAGAUGAGGGCUCCCAGGGUACCAUUGAAAGAUUAGAUGCUAAAAAUUUCCUAUGGGGUGUCUUUCGCCUUAAGAAAGAUGAUAGAGCCAUAGAUGAGUUAACUGACCCAGAGGCUGUUGAUAUGGAUAUUGACAUGGUUGGAGGAAAGGAUGUAUUGGGUAGAACUGACUUUGUUCAGAAUCGUAAAGACAAAUCAGGAAAUUUCUCUUUUAAUUCUGGCGAAGCGACGAUACUUCAGCAAACCUCCGCGAAGUCUAAAGAUAAUGAGAUCUUAAUCGCUUCUAGAGAUUUGAAUCUGAACGUUAGAGAUAAAAUAUCUUUGUCUACUGCUGAUCUUGCAAAAAAUAUCAAAACAGAGUUUCCCUUUGACAAACUUCCAUGGAAGUAUGUCCAAGAUUAUCAUAAAAUUAUGGACACAAAGGAUGCCCCACCAGGUUUUGAAGGAGUCCAUGAACGCAAGGCUUCGCAGCCUCCAAGGCUGAACACAGAGAAGGCAGAAGAUAAAAAGACCAUCACUUCUGGUGAUUUGAAUUUGAACGUUCGGGAUAAGCCAUCUUUGUCUGCCAAUCUUCGAAAGCAUGUCAAAAUAGAGUUUCCUUUUGACAGAUUUCCAUUGAAGUCCAUCCAGGAUUAUCGGAAAAUUAUGGACGCAAAGGAUGCCCCGCCAGGUUUUGAAGAUGUCCAGGAAGUCUAAGAUUCGCAAUCUCCGAGUCUGAAGUUAAAAAGAGAGUUCCUGACUUGUAUUAAAAUGUGAUCAGUUAGUGACACUCGUUAGCUCGUAGAAAGCGCGCUUGCUUAUGCAAGAAAUCUAAUGCAAGGGAUGUGCAGAAACAUGCUGAUUUAGAUGAUCGAAGCAACAGAAGCUGUCCUGUUUUACUUUUAAGGGUAGACCUUCAAGCAUGGCUUUUAAUCCGAAUGGCUUGUUAGCUUGUAGAGAGAAAAAGAGGUAUUUUGGAAGUAGCAUUGUGGUCCAGUGCUUGCUAGAUAGACAAGAGUUAACCCUCGGUCAAGUAUGGAAAUGCUUGCUAACGCUCGGAUUUAUCAAAUAGUUUGUCACUCGGUUUUCAAAAACCAUACUAAUCUCAAUGCCCCGUUACGUAAGGCUAAUUGUAGAGAAAGGAAUAUUACACCCCACAAAAUAGCACUUUCGUUUUCUCCCUUGCACUUAAAUGUUGCAGUUUUUUCCUAUGGUGAAAUCAGGUUAA